AUGGCCGGCAACGUGAAAAAGAGCUCUGGGGCCGGGGGCGGCAGCGGCUCCGGAGGCUCGGGCUCGGGCGGCCUGAUCAGGCUCAUGAAGGAUGCCUUCCAGCCGCACCACCACCACCACCUAAGCCCCCACCCACCGGGGACUGUAGACAAGAAGAUGGUGGAGAAGUGCUGGAAGCUCAUGGACAAGGUGGUGCGGUUGUGUCAGAACCCAAAGCUGGCGCUAAAGAAUAGCCCACCUUAUAUCUUAGACCUGCUGCCAGAUACCUACCAGCAUCUCCGUAUUACCUUGUCAAGAUAUGAGGGGAAGAUGGAGACACUUGGAGAAAAUGAAUAUUUUAGGGUGUUCAUGGAGAAUUUGAUGAAGAAAACUAAGCAGACCGUAAGCCUCUUCAAGGAGGGGAAAGAAAGAAUGUAUGAGGAGAAUUCUCAGCCUAGGCGAAACCUAACCAAACUGUCCCUGAUCUUCAGCCACAUGCUGGCAGAACUAAAAGGAAUCUUUCCAAGUGGACUCUUUCAAGGAGACACAUUUCGGAUUACUAAAGCAGAUGCUGCAGAAUUUUGGAGAAAAGCUUUUGGGGAAAAGACAAUAGUCCCUUGGAAGAGCUUUCGACAGGCACUACAUGAAGUACAUCCCAUCAGUUCUGGACUUGAGGCCAUGGCUCUGAAAUCCACUACUGAUCUGACCUGCAAUGAUUAUAUUUCAGUUUUUGAACUUGAUAUCUUUACGAGAUAAUUUCAGCCAUGGUCCUCUUUGCUCAGGAAUUGGAAUAGCCUUGAUGUAACUCAUCCUGGUUACAUGGCUUUCCUGACGUAUGAUGAGGUGAAAGCUCGGCUCCAGAAAUUCAUUCACAAACCUGGCAGUUACAUCUUCCGGCUGAGCUGCACUCGUCUGGGUCAGUGGGCUAUUGGGUAUGUUACUGCUGAUGGGAACAUUCUCCAGACCAUCCCCCACAAUAAACCUCUCUUCCAAGCACUGAUUGAUGGCUUCAGGGAAGGCUUCUAUUUGUUUCCUGAUGGACGUAACCAGAAUCCUGACCUGACAGGCUUAUGUGAACCAACUCCCCAAGACCACAUCAAAGUGACCCAGGAACAAUAUGAAUUAUACUGCAAGAUGGGCUCCACAUUCCAACUGUGUAAAAUAUGUGCUGAAAAUGAUAAGGAUGUAAAGAUUGAGUCCUGUGGACACCUCACGUGCACAUCCUGUCUUACAUCCUGGCAGGAAUCAGAAGGUCAGGGUUGUCCUUUCUGCCGAUGUGAAAUUAAAGGUACUGAGCCCAUUGUGGUGGAUCCGUUUGAUCCUAGAGGAAGUGGCAGCCUGUUGAGGCAAGGAGCAGAGGGAGCCCCUUCCCCAAAUUAUGAUGAUGACGAUGAAAGAGCUGAUGACUCUCUCUUCAUAAUGAAGGAAUUGGCUGGUGCCAAGGUGGUAAGGCGUCCUUCUCCAUUCUCCAUGGCUCCACAAGCUUCUCUUCCCCCAGUGCCACCACAACUUGACCUUCUGCAGCAGCAAGUAUCUGUUACUUCAAGUGCUUCUGGUCUUGGAACUGUUCCUAAGGCUGCUUCUGUCUCCCUUCAUAAGGACAAACCAUUGCCAGUGCCUCCCACACUUCGAGAUCUUCCACCGCCACCGCCCCCAGACCGGCCAUAUUCUGUUGGAGCAGAAACCCGGCCUCAGAGACGCGGACGCCCCCUACCUUGUACACCAGGCGAUUGUCCAGCCAGAGACGAACUGCCCCCUGUCCCCUCUAGCCGCCUUGGGGACUCAUGGCUGCCCCGACCAAUCCCCAAAGUACCAGUAGCUGCCCCAAGCCCCAGUGAUCCCUGGACAGGAAGAGAAUUAACCAACUGGCACUCACUUCCAUUUUCAUUGCCCUCACAAAUGGAACCCAGAGCAGAUGUGCCUAGGCUUGGAAGCACAUUCAGUCUGGAUACCUCCAUGAAUAUGAAUAGCAGCCCAUUAGCAGGUCCAGAGUGUGAGCACCCCAAAAUCAAACCUUCCUCAUCUGCUAAUGCCAUUUAUUCUCUGGCUGCCAUACCUCUUCCUGUGCCAAAACUGCCACCUGGGGAGUAGUGUGAAAGUGAGGAAGACACAGAGUAUAUGACUCCCUCCUCUAGGCCUGUAGGGCUUCAAAAGCCAGAGCUGAAACGGCCAUUGGAGACAACCCAGAGUUCACAAGCAUGUGAUUCUGACCAGCAGAUUGAUAGCUGUACUUAUGAAGCAAUGUAUAAUAUUCAGUCCCAGGCACCAUCUGUCACCGAAGGGAAUUUGGCUGCAGCCCCUGCUAACACUGGCCCUGAGGAAUCAGAAAAUGAAGAUGAUGGGUAUGAUGUCCCUAAGCCACCUGUGCCAGCAGUGCUGGCCCGCCGAACUCUCUUAGAUAUCUCCAAUGCCAGCUCCUCCUUUGGCUGGUUGUCUCUGGAUGGUGAUCCCACAACAAACUUUACUGAGGGUUCUCAAGUUCCUGAGAGGCCCCCCAAACCAUUCCCUUGGAGAAUCAACUCUGAAUGAAAAGCAGGUAGCUGUCAGCAAGGAGGUAGUGCUGUUGCUUCUACUGCCACUACUGCCACUGCUGCCACCACUGCCUCGCCUCAGCUCUCCAGUGAGAUUGAGAACCUCAUGAAUCAGGGGUACUCCUACCAGGACAUUCAGAAGGCUUUGGUCAUUGCCCACAACAUCGAGAUGGCCAAAAGUAUCCUCCGGGAAUUCGUCUCCAUUUCUUCUCCUGCCCACGUAGCUACCUAG